AUGAGCUUUACGGUCCGGCAAGCUUUUGCUUGCUUCUUUUCAAGUAACCCUCCCGUGAACAUUCCUCGUCCUCCGCCCGCAGGUGCCGCCAGCGUGGCCAGGGCCUGGAGCUCCGCCUUCGACGACUUGACUGGGAACCAGGUCUCUCGGCUCCUGAAGGGAGGUUUCUCUCUGCGCGUCCCCCUCGUGCUGGCCACACACCUGGACUUCUUCGCGCUGGGCCUGGUGUUGCUGCUCACUGGACUCCUGGUCCUGGGAGCUAGUGAGUCGGCCCUGGUUACCAAGGUGUUCACGGGCGUGAACCUUUUGGUUCUUAGCUUCGUCAUCCUCUCUGGCUUCAUGAAGGGAGAUCUGCACCCCUCGCAGCUCACUGAACAGGACUACAAACUGGCCAUCUCUGCAUCCAAUGACACUUCUAGAUUAGUCGCCCCCGUGUCCUUCCUUGUUCCUUCUCACCACAGCUUGGGCCCUCUGGGCUCUGGAGGGUUUAUGCCUUUUGGCUUUGAGGGGAUUCUCCAUGGAGCCGCGAUGUGUUUCUACGCAUUCAUUGAUUUUGAUUGCAUACCUACAUCCACCCAUCCUGCAGGGGAAGAAGCCCGUAAUCCUCAGCGUUCCAUCCCCUUAAGCAUCAUAAUCUCACUCUUCAUCUUUUUUGGUGUCUCGGCUGCACUUACCCUCAUGAUGCCCUACUACCAGAUUCAUCCCAGCAGCCCCUUGCCACAGGCGUUUCUCCAUGUGGGAUGGGUCCCUGCCAGAUACACCGUGGCUACUGGAACCCUCUGUGCUCUUUCAUCCAGCCUCCUGGGUACCAUGUUCCCCAUGCCUUGAGUGAUCUACGCAAUGGCAGAUGAUGGGCUCCUUUUCCGGGGACUUGCCUGGAUUCAUCCCCGCACACACACCCCCAUCGUGGCCACCAUAGUGUCUGGAACUUUUGCAGCAUUCAUGGCAUUCCUCUUCGAGCUCAGUGAUCUUGUGGACCUCAUGUCAAUUGGGACCCUACUUGCUUACUCCCUGGUGGUCUUUCCCGUUCUUGUUCUCAGGUACCAGCCAGAUGAGAAUUUAAGCAAGAACGAGAGAACAGAGGUGGAAAUAAGUGAGAUAAAGCCUGCAGCUCAAGCAGGUUCUUCACAGUCUGUACCUGAAGCGGGAACCGCACAGGAUCUGCCGAGUCUGCAUAACCCGGUCAACACCACCUCGACUCUGAAAUCCGGGCGCAUUGUCCAUACAUGUACCUUAGUGCUUGCUCUCCUGCUGACGAUCCUGUGCCUGAUACUGGCCCAGUGGCCCAGCCAUCUGCUGUCCGGAGACCCGGUGUAUACCACAGGGGCCGUGUUGCUCCUGAUGCUCAUUAUUGGGCUCACUUUCAUCAUCUGGAGACAGCCCCAGAACCCCACUCCCCUUCACUUCAAGGUUCCUGCUUUGCCUGUGCUCCCACUGCUGAGCAUCUUUGUGAAUGUUUACUUGAUGAUGCAGAUGACUGCUGGGUCCUGGGCCCGAUUUGGCAUUUGGAUGGUGAUUGGAUUUGCCAUAUACUUUGGAUAUGGGAUCCGACACAGCUUGGAGAAGGACAGUGAUCAACAGCCACCAGUCUCCAGCUCCCACACUCUUGACAAAAACAUCCCGAGUGCUGAAUUAGCUUAACCACAGGAAAUAGAUGCUCUGUGGAAUCCCUCCAUACACUGGAGGUGU